UUAUAUUCUUAUCAGUUUACCUUUUUAAUCCUAUAAAUACCAGUCUUUUCUGCUAUUUCAUAUCAUCCAUUACUCUCUCAUUUCUUCAGCUUCUUUGAUUUCCCAGUUAUCAUUAUGAAGAUGGAUAUUGAUUUGUUCCCAAGGUUGGCCAAGAAGGAGUUUGGAGGAGAUGGCGGCUCAUACUUCGCCUGGUGCCCUUCUGAGUUGGCAAUGCUGCGCGAAGGGAACAUUGGUGCAGCCAAGCUUGCUCUUGAGAAGAAUGGCUUUGCUCUUCCUCGUUACUCUGAUUCUGCAAAGGUCGCUUAUGUUCUUCAAGGAAAUGGUGUCGCCGGAAUUGUCCUGCCUGAGAAAGAAGAAAAGGUCGUACCAAUCAAGAAGGGUGAUGCCAUAGCCCUUCCUUUUGGUGUUGUGACAUGGUGGUUCAAUAAAGAGGACACUGAGUUGGUUGUGCUGUUACUUGGCGAUACAUCAAAAGGCCACAAAGCCGGUGAAUUUACUGAUUUCUUCUUGACUGGUUCCAGUGGAAUUUUCACUGGCUUCUCUCCUGAAUUCGUGAGCCGAGCAUGGGAUGUGGAUGAAAAAACAGUGAGUACCCUUGUUGGAAACCAGACAGGCAAAGGCAUUGUCAAGCUACCUGCAUCAUCUAAGAUGCCUGAACCCAAGAAGGAGACCCGUUGUGGCUUGGUUUACAACUGUGAAGAAGCUCCAUUAGAUGUUGACAUUAAGAAUGGUGGAAGGGUUGUAGUCUUGAACACCAAGAACCUUCCUUUGGUUGCUGAGGUUGGCCUUGGUGCUGAUCUUGUGAGGUUAGAUGGAGGUGCCAUGUGCUCUCCUGGGUUUUCUUGUGACUCUGCUCUGCAGGUGACUUACAUUGUCAGAGGAAGUGGCCGUGUUCAGGUUGUCGGAAUUGAUGGCCGGAGAGUCUUGGACACUACAGUUAAGGCCGGAAACCUCUUCAUUGUUCCAAGGUUUUAUGUAGUUUCAAAGAUUUGUGAUCCUGAUGGAAUGGAUUGGUUCUCAAUCAUCACAACUCCCAACCCUAUAUUCACCCAUUUGGCUGGUAGGACUUCUGUGUGGAAGGCUUUAUCACCUGAAGUGCUUGAAGCAUCAUUCCAGGUUUCUUCUGAAGUUGAGAAGCUUUUCCGGUCAAAGAGAACCUCUGAUGAAAUUUUCUUCCCACCCCCGAACUGUUGAAUCAUUAGCUAGCUUGUUGUUAAGCUCUUGCAGUUUAGUGGUUUCAAUAAAUUAGGCUCUCUCUGUUUCUGCUCCCUCUGUGGAUAUGAAUUCUGUUUCUAAGUUCAAUGAAAUUUCCUAGCUAUGUUUUAUCUCUAAA